GAUCUACUCCACUGACACAGUCUUCGGAAAACUUGUCCAGACUUGUCCAGGUCACCACGAGGCAGGAGCGGGAAUGUGUUUGGAUAAAACCAGCAUGCCAAUCGAUCGAGAGCAUUUCAGAGUGCCAGACUAUCCCAUUGCUGUUGUGCAGGGCAUCACGUAGCUUUCCGUGAAGUCUUUUUUUGACUUUCUUUCCUUGCAUUGAAAAUAAACAAGAACCGAACAUGCCCACGUACAAGCUCACUUAUUUCGAUGCCACGGGAAGGGCAGAGCUGAGCCGGCGGAUGUUCAAACUGGCGGGAGUGGAGUUCGAGGACGUUCGUGUAAGCAAAGAUGAAUGGCCCAAGCUGAAGGCGGUCAUGCCGCUCAAGGUGAUGCCGGUCAUGGAGGUCGAUGGGCAGCUGAUUGUGCAGAGUGGAUGCAUUGAACGCUAUGUUGCUGAAAAGACGGGCCUCAACGGAGGCGAGUCGCCGGCUGCCCGUCUCCAGGUCGACAUCAUACACACAACGGCCAUGGAGUACAUUCUUCUGCCCAUGCCCAUGUUUGGAGAGAAGGACGAGGCCAAGAAGGCAGAACUACGCCGCGAGUUCCUGGAAGACAAGCUCCCUGUGUGCAUGGACUUUCUCACCAAGGAGCUGGAGCAGGCCAAGCAGGACUUUGGCAGUGACGAGUUCUUCGUCGGCAAGGUUACCAUGGCCGACAUUGCAGUGAGCCUGCUCCUGGAGGUGCUGGUCUGGGCGAAGCUGGCGGAUGACGUCAUGCCCAAGUACCCGCUGAUUCAGGCGCUUGUGGACCGUGUCAACGCGUUGCCGCCGAUCGCCAAGCACCUGGCCAAUACCAGCCAGAAGUAGGCGUGUGACCGUGUGCGACAGUGCCGGGGACGGUGCGUAAGUGUUUGUUUCUUGUUUUUUUUUUGCUAUGAGUAUGAGGAAAGCAGUGUGUCGGUACCCAUUGCAUUUCCAGGUGUGUGUGUGCUCCACUUCGUGACGAGACAGAUACAUGCUGUGCUAGGUGCGUUGUGAGUGUUUUGGACAAUGUGUAUAUUACUCCUGGCGUGCGAUGCUUGAGAUACCCGUACAGGUCAUGCGAGUGCAUGUACCAACGUUUGCAACAUGUCGAAACUGCAGCUCGUCAUCAGCAAAAUCCGCACGUUGUGAAUUUGUUGUUUUCGUGCGGGCCAAUUUUUUAGUUGCCGCAGUGUCUUUCUCUCUUUCCCAAAUUUCGAACUGGCGCAAUCGACAGUACAUGUACAGCACACUUACUACUCUUCCCAAUUAGCCUUAUCGUUAUACCCAACCUAUUGUAUGUACCGGUAAGCGAUUCACCCCGAACGUGUCACUACCGGUAUUAAUGAUAGUCACAUCCAGUAGUGCCCGCCUAAAGUAUGUGGUGUGGUGGUUUGGAACUUUGGAACUCUGCUGGAAUUUUAACACCUGAGCAGCUUUCGUACUUCUCAACCCAUUUUAGUUUCUUAUUUUUCAGAUCGGUUCUCAGUCUUUGAUUUCUCGUGUUCAUUCGUUUCACCCCA